GCCGGGCGCGCCAUGGCGGGGGCGAAGUGGAAGGAGGGCGGCGGGCCGGGCCAGGCCCCCGGCGCGACGGGGACAGGUGGAGCGGCUCAUCCUGGCGGUGGGGUACCGGGGCCGGGCCAGAGCGAGCGGGGCGGCCUGUGGGCGCUCCUAGGGCCCUGCGGAGCGGGGCGCGGCGGGGACCGCCGGUGGCUAUAGCGGUGGGGCCGGGUCCCGCCCGUCGGGGAGGUGGGGCCAGGCAGGAGGAGGAAGCGGGACGGAACGGGACACGGAGCCGCCGCAGCCAGAUGCCCAGGAGGAAGGAGGUGCCGGCGCUGGGCAGCCUCUGCCUGCAGAGCCUGGCCCAGCACAUGCAGAGCAUCUGGGUGAAGGACUACAGUGAGAACUACCUGGAUGAGUACCAAUUCCGCUUUGUCAUGGGCCCCUUUAAUGACCUGGCCGGCAGCUUGGUGCAGGAUCUGAUCCGGCUGCUGGGCGAGAGCCGGCGCCUGACACGGGCAGCGCUCCACCUGCUCCUGCUGCCUCACCUGCGGGAGCUGAGCCUGCGCCCCUGCCCCAGCCUCGCCAGCAACGCCAUCGGCCAGCUCAUCACCCUGCGCUGCAAGCAGAGCCUGAGCUCCCUGGACCUGCAUGGCUGCAGCCGGCUGUCAGCGGACGUGCUGGUGGACCUGGCAGAGGGGCUGCCGCAGCUGAGCCGGCUGGGGCUGGCAGAGACACAGGCCAAUGUCCAGGUGCUUUCGGCCGUGGGCUCCUGCUGCCGACACCUGCAGGAGCUGGACGUGUCCCGCUGCAAGAAGGUGUCCCCGUGCGCCCUGCGGCACCUGGCCUAUGACCCGCUGGCGCAGUCCCUCUGCUGCCCUGUGCUCCGAGUCCUGCUGGCCCGCGACCUGGAGCCCCCAGGGGAUGGCAGCAUGGCGGCGGUGCUGGCUUUCCUGCUGCUGGCCCUGCCACGCCUGGAGUUCCUGGCCCACGGCGCUGUACCAGAUGCCCUCCGCCUCCUCCACGGGUGGCAGCUAGAUGACUUGGGGGACACAGAGGGCUUUCCCUCGCUGGGGGAGCUGGCACGGCAGCGGGGGGCUGCCCCGGAGGGCCCCCGGAUCACCCUGCCCCUGCGGCAGGUGGAGGAGGUGGAGGAGCCUGAGCUGGCCACAAUCCGUGCUAUCUGUCCCCAGGCUGAGGAGGCCAGUGUGUGGCUGGGGGACAGCCUGGCAGGCGGCUGGGAGCUGCUGGGCUGGAGCUGCCUGGCCAGGCUGACCCUGGGCUGCACCGGGCGGCAGGGCUGGGCGCUGGCAGAGGUGCUGCCGCUGGUACAGAGCCUGGGCCCCCGCCUGCAGACCCUGGCCCUGCACGGCUUCUGCUACCAGGACGAGCUCUCCCUGGCCACCCUGCUCGCCAGCUGCCCUGACCUGCAGGCCUUCAGUGCCGAGCUGCACGCCCCACUGGACACCAACCCCGAUGGUGAGAUGCCAGCCGAGCCAUCCCACUGGGACACAAACCUGCUGCCCCACGGCCUCCCCCAGCUCCAGAGCUGCUUCCUGACCCUGGCCAGCACCACUGGCACCUUCCCAGCCCCUCAUGGGCUGGUGCUGCGUGCCACGCUGGCCUCACUGCUGUGCCAUGCCCCACGCCUGCGAACGCUCCGCCUGGUUGGCAUCCCCUUCCCGCUGGACUCUGUGUUUGAGACCGUGCUGGCAGCACCAGGGCUGCCUCUGCUUGAGCUGCAGGAGCUCUCACUGGCUGAGAGCCAAGUGUCCAGCCAGACUGUGUGGCUGCUGCUGGCCUCAGAGGGCUGCCUGCACCACCUGGACCUGUCCCACUGCCGGGACAUCCACCGGCAGGACUAUGACAGCUUCCUGCAGGCAGUGUGGAAGCAGCAGCUGCACCUGGACAUCAUCUGGGAGUAGUCAGCACUGGCUGCACAGGGCUUUUUAAUAAAGGAGUUACACCACG